AUGGUGUCGUCGUUGUGGCGGGUCAAGACUGAGAGGGCUAGAUCGGGGAAGGAUGUUGAACCAAUUGUCAGAUUUGAUGGACUCGUCGUUAACAGAGUAGUGGGAGUGAGGCGGGAAGAUCUGGUCGGCUCUUGCCUGUUCAGCGGCAAUCCGAGAGGAUUCCCCGGAGGGAAGGAGUUUGGUCUUUGCUCGCCGCGGAUUUGA